GUUUAAUGUUAGAAAACUUACCUACUAUGUAUAUGUAAAUAUUCUGCAAAGCUACGUUGGACUGAAGAUAUAUAAAGUGAUAUCUACCUGGUUAAAUCACGGAUAUAUUUAGAAAGAUAAUGCAGUAGUUGAAGACCUUUUUACAAUGCUAGUUAAAUAUAAAGGAGGAUCUGAAUUUAGAAACUACAGAAAAUGGAGAGAUAUUCCUGCCUUUACUGCAUCUUUAUCAGCUUCUCAGACAAUCAAUGCUAAUGAUGUAGUAAAGUUUGAUAAAAUUUGGACGAACAAUGGUAACCACUACAAUCCUAAAACGGGAAUUUUCAAAGCUCCAAGAGAAGGCCUAUACCAUGUUUCAACUACAGUCAUGUCUACGCAUGGAAAAACUGUGCAUGUUCGCAUUUGGCAUAAUGGGAAUAAGACAGUUGGAUUGUAUCCUGGUACUGGCUACAGCGAGGCUACUGCUAACAUGGUGUUACAUUUAAAGAAAGGGGACAAAGUAACAGUUAAAGGUGGUGGUGGUGGUAAUACUGCUCUGUUCAGCAGUUCUGAACACUACAGUAUGUUCUCUGUUUAUCUUAUAGCGUAAUAAAUA